GCACACCGACCUAUUAUAGGCACCGUGGACAGCUGUGGACGGUCGAACGCGCCAAAGCCGUCCACAGUACUGGAGAUAUAAAGAUGCACCUUGCAGUGUCGACGGAGGCUACCACAAAUCGCUCACUCUUCCCUGCGUCUUUCUUCCUUGACCUCGGCCUUGCAAUAAUAUGGAGAAUAUGACCAUCCAAACAGUCACGAAGUGCUCCGGUAGCGCUGUUUCGAUAAACAUCACCGACGGUCCGGCACUGUCCCUUACAAACAGACUCACCCCCGCCGAGCGAAAGGCCUUUGGUAAUUCAGAUCACAAGGCUGCCAAAAUCCUCGGUAUUACACUCACACGCAAUCACCUGGACCAGGAUGGGAGCCUUGCUACAGUCUCAUCUGCAGAUGAAGAGGUUUCCCAAGUUUACGACAAGCUGGGAGAGAUGAUGGCUCUCGUAGGUGCAAAGCGUGCAGGUAGUCGCAGUCCAAGCGCUGUGACCAUCUUUAAGCCACGCAAGGGCCUAGGAAUGGACUUGAUAGAGAAGAACAAGAAGCGUAGAGUGGCUAGGGAGUAUACACAACGCGUGGUCUUGGGACCCUUACGCUUCAACGAGCCACCUGUCGAGGAAGGCAAAGAAUUGUCAACUACCGUCGACGACGACGGCGCAUGGUCAUUCUUAAAGCCCGACGAAAUUGAAGAGACAAAAAGACCUCUUGCAUGCAAAUGUCAAGCGAGAAAUAACGAAGAUCUAUUGGGUAGUUCAAGAGAUUUUGUUUGGGACGUCCAAAAUCCAUUUGCCACACCUCCCAAUGCCGUCCUUCAGCAAUAUUGCAAGACAAUGCAGCUCGGUGAAAUGAUUGGACCUUUGGAUAUUGCACCGCCGGUGGCAUCCCUCGGCUACACAACUAAUUUCGAGCCAUCACCUGAAGAGAUUUCGGCACCCCAUUCUGGAUUUUUUGAUUGCACAAGACGAAGCUGAGGAGCAUCCAAUGGAGAGGAGAAGGCAAAGAAGGGCAGCAGUGCGGUCGAGGAACAAAAUACUGGAUGUGUUGGGAGCGGAGGCGCGACAAGCUGUUGAUGGGCAAUGUUAGCCACUUCUGAAGCAUAAAGAGCGGGAUGUCGGAAAACCAGUAGAAUCAACGACAAGUACAAUGGCGUGACACCAGACAGGGGAGAUACACAAAUAAUUCAAUCUCCUCCUCGGCACACGGUAUCUACUUAGCCGCAGUCAAGGCUGAGUGAGUGUUCCGGUGGGUUCUGUGGGUAACACUUUGAUUGUGACGACCCUGACCUCGAGAAAAAUCCACGCGAUGGAAGUUACCCUACCCGUUCUCGGAGGCGC